GGAUCAGUCCAGUCGAUCCGAGCGAGACUCGCCAGUACCGAGUCGACCGUCGCGCACGAUUCCGGCGUCUCGAUCGUUCCCUCGGCGAGGUGUCUCUGUGACAGAAUCGUCGAUCGCACCAGGAAGCUGAUCAGCUGCUGGACCAGGACAACCCCCGAAAAUUCUUCGACUCACCGGGGGUGAUCAUAGCGACGUUGAUGUCCAGACAGCUUGACAGAGGCGUCGAGCGAGCGCAGCGGACCGCGAUGCAGCUGUCUUUCGGCAGUAAAAGUAGCUAGCCGAGACAGACAGAGAGGCAACAGAGGCAACGGAGAGACGCCGGGCGAGAGAAGGGAGCGAAGUGACGGGAUCCGGUGCGCGAAUCGAAGCCCGGGAGGAAUGGGUGGAUCGAGAGCCGGCUGGAUCCUGGCGAUCCUGGCGGUCGCGUGGCUCGGGCCGGCGGUCGGGGUCAAGGACCACGUGGCGACCUUCAACGAGACCGGUCAGCAGGAGGACGCGAUCGCCAACGAGGUGUCGUUCGCCGGCGACGAGUCGCCGGACCAUCCGCAUGGAGCACCCGGCAAGCCCAGCAAACUGGACCUGAACGUCAAUCAGGUGAUACACACCGACGACGAGUCGCAGUAUCAGAUCGAAGCCAGCAAGCUGGAGAACGCGACGGCUGUCCCGGGGGACAAUCGCUGUCCGGAGCAAGAGGCAGGACCUUGCUCCAAGAAGGAUAGCUCGCGCGAUGACGCGGCGUCGGACGGGGUUGCAAGGAGCGACCACGCCGGGUCAGAAGGGGUUGUAGGGAGCGACGACGCUGCUAGGAAGAACGAAAAAGGUAACGACCGGCCGGACGCAAGCCUUGUCGAUAAAGCUCGCCGGUACGCCACGGAACACGUAGUAAAGAUACGUCUGAGCCAGGACUCAGUACCCUCUAGAAAAGCUAGAACCUUCUUCAACGCGUUUGGCCUGAAGAAGCUGCUGCUGCCGCUGAUUUUCGGCGUGCAGAUCAUUAAGAGCGUUCUGCUGGCGCUCUUCCUGCCCAGCAUCAUUGGCAGUAUUGGUAAUAUCCUUGGCAAAGGUGUUUCCUCUUUCGCGCAAUCGGCGCACACGACCGCUCAACCGGAAGAGAAUUUCGAAUUCAAGGACAAUUCCGAUCUCUACAACGACGACUACCUAACUCGACAGCCGGUGGGGACGCUGCCGGCUUCGGCGAUGUACGAUGAAAGCAUGAUGCAGAAGAACCCGGAGAUUUCGUCGCGGUACACGUUCGUCAACCCGAGUAUGACGCACGCGAACGCGAUCUCGGAUCGAUACUACACGAGGCAUGUGGCCGUGAACGGGCUCUCGUCGAGCAAAAAGCAGGACUUCAAGGUGUUCCACGAGAUCCCGACGAGCUCGCUGAUGCUGACGAACUACGACCCCUUCUAUUCGCCGCUGUUGUCCCGUCUGGACGCCGUGUUCUCGCGACUGGGUCACACGACGGAGGGUUGCAGAGAGUACACGGUCUGCGCGAUGUACCGAAGCCCGGCGAGGUACGCCCCGUACUCGAACCUGGUCUCGGCGCAGCUGUCACGGGAGCUGAACGAGCUGCGCAGGCCCAGCAGCGACAACCCGGAUGUCCUCCGGUUCUUCCGGUACAUGAAGGCCGCGAAGGACGGCCAGGACGGCGUGAAAUGCGAAGAAGCGUACACGAAUUGCGCGACGGCGCGCGACGACGAGUCCCUCAGACAGAAUCAGGCGAUCCUGGCGACCUAUCAGGACAUCGACAAGCUGGUCCACGCGAGGAAGCUGUAAAAGGCGUGCUAGGAUCCUCAGGGUCGACAUGGAGCAGCAGAAUAGCCGCUGGGAAUGGAUCCCAGGACUGAAAACGUGACCUCAGGACCAAGCGUCCUCGUCUCACCUCGAGAAGUUGUUCCUCGGGGUUGAUUCCGUUCUUUUUCUGCGAGGAUCGUGGUAUGCAAGCGCUUGAGCCGCAGACCGGAGAUUCAGGGUAAUUAUAGACGCGGUCCGCGGAAAUUAACUGACCCGAAAGGGUUUAUUUAUAUGCGACGCAGCUGGACUGAUUUGGGGCUCGAUUUGAUCGUUCCUGAGAUUAAUGCUCUAGAAAGCUGGCAUCUCGAGUGUGCAUAAACGCGUAAUGGCCUGCGCGGGAAGAUUGCCGGAAUUGCGUGCGGGUAUUCUAUUGUCUCGCUGGAGGUUCGGCGGUUUUCGAUGCUGAGAAGCACUUUGUCCGACGAUUGUUCGGAGAGAAACUUAAUCAUUCGGGUCAUUGUUUCCCUGGGUAGGGUGAUCGAUUUUUGCGCCUCUGGUUUGUCUCCUGGCAUAAUUCGCUCCAUAUUUAUCGAGUAAAACGUAUCAAAUCUUUUCGUUAAGAUAUAAACAGAAUAAAAGAAUAUAAGAGCUGCUAUUAAAAAAUAAACGGAAUAAAAGAAUUAGAAAAUAUAAGAGAUAUAAGAAUUUAAAAAAAUGUAAUAUGUCUUAUUCGAUAAAUAUGAUAAUAUAAAUAUGUGUCCGAAAACGAAAGGACACAACCAAAGACACAGCAAUUGGUCGCCCCACGGUAACUGGCUCCGCUACGCUAAUUACUUCGUAUAUUUUCUGUCUGGUUUCUUGAAAUUGAACGAAUAGAAUUGCGAAUUGCUGACGAAAAUGGUUGGGAAACUAGGAUCAGUAGGAACGACCAGGCACACGGACGUCGAUGUUUUAAUUAUUCGAACUCUCCAUCGUCUGCGCAAGGAGUAUUAUCUGGUUCAUGCUUGCAUACCAUCGUGCGUCGACCUAGCUUUCGCGAACGAGCGAGAGAACGAUCCCCCUGCGGAGUCAUUACGAACAAUCAGAAUUCAUUUCGCACCGGCCGGUAGGACAAUUAAAGUUCCAAUCAAAAGCGGACGACGCUUGUCGCGAGAGGUUGACAGUGCGACGAGCAAAAAUGAUAAUGAUCGCAUCGGCCGCGGUGAUAACGGUACACGUUAUCCGGCUGGAACGUGUACAGGACUGAAAUAUGUGACUCGAAGUGCGACAGCCGUAGAAGUGCGUAAACACGAGAUACACGAUAUCAGCUUGCUCGAACGAAAUUCGAGAUCUGUUAUCGAUCGACUAUGGGGCCAUGCUGACAAUGAGUAAUUUACGAUGAUGAUGUCGGUGAAGCACUGUCUUAGAUUUCAGAAGCUUGAUCAGGAGGCAUGUUAAUAUUUUUUGGAAACUAUCGAAAUUUAUGUUUACAAAUGCAAACGCGAAAGCAACCGGUUUCAAAUUAAAGCCUUGCGAAUUUCGUACAGGCUAAUUGUUGUAAAUUGUUUUGGCAAACAGAUAUUAGAGUGGAGUAUAUACAAGACCGGCUAAAGCAUGAGACAAAAUGACUAGAAUAUCGAUUUUAUUGAUUGAUGAAUCAAGUACAUAAAUCGAGUAGAUAAAUCAAAUUCGAAACAGUAGAUAGAUUGGAAAAUAUUAUCAUAGUUAUUAAGGAAAAAAGGAAAUUUCUAUUUAGUUCUUGUGUUUUUGUUAUCGAUCGAUUUUCUAUUCUUCAGUCAUAUAUUUAUUAAAUUUUUACGGGGACUUACUUGUUAGUCAUAAUUAAAUUAUUAAAUUAUUUGAAAUAUUCAUGCAAAUAUGUUAAUAGUUACCAAUCAAGAUGGACAAUAUUAUUCUACGACAAUAUACUACAACUCGUGCGAUCAACGCUUACCUGUAAGAAUUAUUCGAGUUCCAUUUUGGCACACGAGUGUUUCGUUCGGAAUAAUAUUUUCCCGCUUAAUUAACCUGCCUCAAUGUUUACUGCACAGUGUACCUCCAUAAUUCUCACACCGUAAGACAGUUCAACAUCGACAUCUCCAAAAAAAAAUUCAGGAAAAUACGCGUCCUGAUUAGAGCAAACUCCACACCGCAAAUCGAAUCAGCUGGUCCCAUAUUUCCUCGGAAAAUGGUCGCGCCGCCGCGUCUACGACGCCGCCAUUUUCCCCAAAACGGAGAACAGUGUUCAACGACUUAGACUUUGAAAAUAGCGAAGAAUCAUCGGCCGAUGAGCCCUGCGUGUCGACAGCCCCGCAAAAACCCGCCCCUAAGGGCUCGUCGCCCCCGGCUCUUCGGCGCUAGUUUAUUUAUUUCGCGCGCGUAUGUUAAUUUAUUGACGAAUCGUGCGAGAUGUACGAACGUUUCCCGCGUUUCAAUUAAACGACUAUUUAUUUGUUCGAGCUGGGUCGGACCGUCGGCCCGACGCGACCCGAGCCGCGUCCAUGUACAGUGCGCCAAUAAAUGCUGUGACUGCGCUA